AUGCCUAGAGCUCACGGUCCAGCACUCCACACCACACCGCCCCACGCCACACCACGCCACCCAACGCCACAACCCACCGCCCCACGCCACCACACACGCGCCCCACGCCACCCACCACGCCACCCAACGCCACACCAACGCCACCGCAACGCCACAACCAACCGCCCCACGCCACACCACGCCACCCAACGCCACACCACAUCGUCCCACGCACACCACACGCCCCACGCCAACAUCGUCGCCACGCACACCACACCGCCCACACCCACAUCGCCCACGCCACACCAAGCGCCCACGCCAAUCGUCCCAGCCACCACCACACCGCCUACGCCACAUCGUCCCAGCCAACCACACGCCCACGCCACAUCGUCACACGCACAUCGUCCCACGCACACACACGCGCCCACGCCACACCGCCCACGCCACAAUCGUCCCAGCCACACCACCGCUCCACGCCACAUCGUCCACGCCACACUACACCACACCAUACCAGGCUGCAUGGAUAUUUCUGUUGGGGUAAAAUCUCUACUUCAGGGAUAG